AUGUGUCUAUUCCAAAUAAUGUAUUAGAGUGGAAAUGACACGACAAUUUUGAUUGUAAAUAAGUUUGUAGGAAAGCUUGGACGACCAAGUGUGCAAAUAUAUAUGUAUAUAUUUUUUAUUGGGAGAUCAGGGACUCGAACCUAAAUCGGUCUAGGCUAUGGAAGUUAUUGAGUUAUCAAUCAAAUAAAAGAAAAGCUAAAUAUUUGGGGAUUUAAGAAAGGAUAAUUAGACAUUAGAAUAACUUUUAAUUUUGCUUUGCAAUUUUGUUAAUAAUAUUUUAAAAAUCUCCGCUAUACAUUUUUUUUAUGGACCGAUAACUCCAGGCUAUUCAAGCUUUAGCUGUGUGACUAGAUAUCCAAAACUAAAAUUAUAAAGGGUUAGACUUUAGGCGAUUCAACCACUCGUCCGUUAUUGCCCCGCCAAAUUUCCACUACUAAGUAAUUUAACUCGUUCAAUCCAUGCCCAACCUCUACCCUCUCUCAAAACUCACAACUUAUCCCAGAUUACUUCUCAUCUUGCAACCCAGACGCUUCUCCUCCUCCUCAUCAUCAACGUCAUCCCUUUCAGUCCCAUCUCAUCAACAUAUAUCCUAUCUAAUUUUAGAUCAAAGGUCUGCGUCCCAAGCUCUCCAAACCUUCAAAUGGGCCUCACAACUCCCCGACUUCACCCACUCCCAGUCUACCUAUAGAGCUUUGAUUCACAAGCUCUGUACUUUCCGCCGUUUUGACACGGUCAAGCAACUGCUCGACGAAAUGCCCCACUCAAUCGGCUCCGCCCCAGAUGAAGAUAUUUUCAUCACUAUAGUUCGAGGCCUUGGCCGGGCUCGUAUGAUUCGUGACGUUAUCCAAGUACUUGAUUUGGUUUCUAAGUUUGGCAAGAGCCCAUCUUUGAAAGUCUUGAAUUCUAUACUUGAUGUUCUUGUUAAGGAAGACAUUGAUCUGGCUAGGGAGUUUUAUAGGAAGCAAAUGAUGGGGAGUGGCGUUCAAGGUGAUGAUUAUACUUUUGGGAUUUUAAUGAAGGGUCUUUGUUUGACUAAUAGAAUUGCGGAUGGCUUUAAGCUCUUGCAGGUUAUGAAGUCCAGAGGCAUAAAGCCGAAUGUUGUUAUUUAUAAUACUCUGCUUCACGCACUCUGCAAGAAUGGGAAAGUAGGGAGAGCUAGGAGCUUGAUGAAUGAGAUCGAGGAGCCUAAUGAUGUGACUUUCAAUGUUUUGAUAUCUGGAUACUGUAAAGAAGACAAUCUAGUUCAAGCUCUGAUAUUGCUAGAAAAGAGUUUCAGUUUGGGCUUCGUGCCCGAUGUUGUUACAGUGACUAAGGUGGUGGAAGUUCUUUGCAGUGCAGGCCGUAUGAAGGAAUCAGUUGAGACAUUAGAGAGAGUGGAGAGUAAGGGAGGUGUGGUUGAUGUUGUGGCUUAUAACACCCUAAUAAGGGGCUUCUGUAGAUUAGGGAAGGUGAAAGUUGGGCAUCGCUUCUUGAGGGAGAUGGAGAGAAAAGGAUGCCUUCCUAAUGUUGAAACAUACAAUAUAUUGAUCUCUGGUUUCUGUGAGUCCGGGAUGCUGGAUGUGGCUCUUGACAUGUUUAAUGAUAUGAAAACAGAUGGGAUCAGUUGGAAUUUCAAUACAUAUGAUACAUUAAUCAAGGGUUUGUUCUCAUGGGGGAGUAUUGAAGAUGGAUUUAAGAUCCUAGAAUUGAUGGAAGGGUCCAAAGGUUGUUCUGGGGGUAUUAGUCCUUAUAAUAGUGUGUUAUAUGGUCUUUACAAGAAAAAUAUGUGGGAUGAGGCACUUGAUUUUCUAAUGAAGAUGGAAAAAUUACUUCCUAGAGCUGUUGAUAGGAGCUUGAGGUUAUUAGGCUUCUGUGAGAAGGGUGAGUUUGCAAAUGCGAAGAUGGUUUUUGAUCAGAUGACUAGUGAAGGUGGAAUUCCAAAUGUUCUUGCUUAUGAUUGCUUAAUUCAUGGAUUCUGUCAAGAAGGGCUUCUGCGGGAGGCAUUUGAGCUCAUGAAUGAGAUGGUUGGUCAUGGUUAUUUUCCUGUUGCAUCAACAUUUAAUGCUCUUAUUAGUGCAUUUUGUGGGCAAGGGAAAGAAGGGAGUGCUUUGAAGCUUCUUGAUGACAUGGUUGGGAGAGGUUGCAUGCCUGAUGUAGGAAGUUAUAGUCCUCUAAUUGAUGCUUUUUGUAGGAAGGGCAGCUUUCAGAGGGCUUUAAGUCUCUUCUCACAAAUGGUAGAGAAAGGUAUAACUCCAGAUUAUUUGACAUGGAACUCAUUGCUUAUUUCUCUCAGUCAAGAAACUGUCUGGUUAGAAAGCAAGAAUAUAUUCCAUGUCAAUAACCAAAUGGAAUGGAUAAUAAAGACAUACUUAUAGUAGUCGCUUUGAUAAAAAGAUGCUUGAAUUCCUUAAUCGACAAUGAAAUAAGAAUUAUCAUGUUGGUGGA